UCUGUGAACACAUCGUUCCUCUUUCACUUCUCACAGAGAUGAGAGGAGCAGCUAUGAGUCUAACUGCAGCAGCGAGUGGAUUAGUUGUCUUCCUGCUCUCUGUGUCAGUGGUUCAGGGUCAGAAUGGCUGGGGAGUGACUUACUCUUUUACUGAGAUCUGUGCAGUGAAAGGAUCAACAGUGGAGAUAAGAUGCAGCUACACACACCCAUCUCCAUGGAGAGGCAGUGUAAACACAGUAGAGAAAACGUUCUGGUUAUUUAAAAAAAAAUGGGGUACAUUUGAGGAUCUGUUCACAGAAUCAGAGUAUUCAGGUCGUGUAGAGGAUCUCUGUGAAAACAACACCUGCACUCUGAGAAUCAAAAACCUGAGAGAGAGCGACUCAGCUGAGUACAAGUUCAGGAUCAAAACAAACCAACCAGAUGGAAAAUAUGAUGGUUCGACUGGCGUCACUUUGUCCGUCUCAAAUCUCCAGGUCACAUCAGAUAAAAACUGGCUGUUUUGUCAGAACAGUUGUCAUCAAUCUUAUUAUCCGUCCUACAUCUGGAACAAGAACGGACAAAUAAUUCAGGGAGAAACAUCUUAUUAUACAAGCAACCCGAACAAGGCAGACAGUUAUUCCUGUGCUUUGAAGGGACAUGAGGACUUUCCCUCUCCUCCAGUGUGUGUCAGAGGUCAAACCUGCAACAGAGUAAUUUACACUGAGAUAAGCAUCUGCGCCUUCAAAGGAUCAUCAGUGGACUUGUCCUGCACGUACAGCAGCUUUGAAAACGAUGUUAAAUCUAAAUUCUGGUUCAGACCUGAGCGUAUUCAUCAGGGACAGAAUUCCUCUCAACCUGAGGACCUUAGUGAAGACUCCCAGUAUGCAGGUCGUGUUCAGAUCCUUGAAACAGAGAGAGGAUGCUCCACUCUGAGGAUCUCUGACCUGAGAGACUCAGAUUCAGCUCAGUAUCUCUUCAAAUUCAAAACACCAAGCUUUGAAUGGAGGAGUGAUUUACCUGGUACAACUCUGACUGUCACAGCUCUCCAGGUGCAGGUGAUCAGAGCAAAGGUCUACAACUAUUCUAUUGAGGCAGAGCUGAAGUGUCACAGCAGCUGCAGUCCAGCUGGUUCUCUGAACUACGUCUGGUUCAAGAACGGAGAGAAAAUCAUGACGGCCGUGAUAUCUUCUUAUAAAGGCUUGUUUCAUCACAGAGACAACAUCUCUUGUGCUUUGGAAGGACAUGAAGACUUCCCCUCUCCUGCAGUGUAUGGUCCAAAGCUCCCCUCUGUGUCAGUGAGUCCCUCUGCUGAGAUAGAGGAGGGCAGUUCAGUGACUCUGACCUGUAGCAGUGAUGCUAACCCAGCAGCUAACUACACCUGGUACAAGGAGGAUGAAGACUCUCCAAAAGCUUCAGGACAGAUCUUCACCAUCACUGACUUCAGAGCUGAACACAGUGGGAGUUAUUCCUGUGGAGCCCAGAACAAGUUAGGACGUAGUAACUCCACCUUACAUCAGAUUGUUGUGGCAGGAUCAUGGAAGCAACUACCUUUUGUAUCAAUCCCUGUUGUUCUCCUGGCUGUCAUUUCUCUCUCUGUCUUCCUGUGGAUCAGAAGAAAGAGGGCUUCCAGAGACUCGUCUGAGCCUGAAGAGAGAGCGGACAACAGGGAAGAGUGUGUACCUGAUCAGCCGGAGCAGCAGGAUGACCUUCAGUAUGCCAGCGUUCACUUCAACAACCGGGCAGAUCCUCUUUACUCCAACAUGAGAGCAGCUCAGCCCCUCAGACACACGGAGCAACAGGAAGUCUCGGAGUACGCUGCCGUCAAGUUCAGCAGUGCUGCCCCGAGGGCUAGAGGUCAGGACUCUGAAGAGGAUCCCGCUGCAUUGUACAGCACGGUCAACAAAUCCAGAUAAACACAGCAGGCGAUGCAUUUGAAGGAUGAUACUUCAGUUUUUUUUACAAUCACAUUUCUAUGUACACAGGGUAAUGUGGAUUUUUUAAAUACAUGUCUCAGGGUGGACCUCUCCAAGAAUGAGGCGAUGAGUUUUCAGCCUAGUUUUUAUUAAUCUGAAUGGCUCAAAUGUAAAGAUUUUGUUAAGUAUUUCACAGCUUAAUGUACUGAAUUGUUAAUAUUUCUUGUGUAACAUGAUUUUUGCCACAAAAAAAUUACAAAAUGUAGAGAUGUUGCAACAAGGGAUCUGAUCCCUAACUGCUGGCUUGAUGGAAAAUGUAGAUAUUACUAAAGAGUUAUAAUUUACUGAUAACAAACCAUUUCCAUUGUUUUGUAAGUACAUUUAUCAACUUUAUUAUAUAUGUUCUUCUUCUUGUCUAGACUGAAAUAUCAUCAACUACUUGUUUGUGUUAUUUUGUAUCCAUUCCAAAAUACAUGUUGUUAUUGAAAAGCACAUUGGGAUAUCAGAGAGGAACAUGUGUUGCUGAUGUAGUUGCAGUUUCAUUCUGCUGCCACUAGGUGUCAGUAAAGAGCCGUAUUUCACUGAUGGAAAACCAUUACCAAGAGCCUGUAAAGCACAUUUAUCUUUGGUGUGUGUACGGCCUUAAUGUUCACACAUUCUUAUUCUGACAUCUUUUUAUGUAAAUAUAAAAGUUCCAUUAUCACCAAUUAAAAUAGUUAAUUUCUUUGUUACUCUUUAAGUUCAUAACCAUCACAACUUGUUGCAUUUAUCUAUUUUGCUUUGUUGUUACACCUGUUCUUCUGACCCUAGUCUUUUGCUCUGUACUUCAUGUGUUUACCUUUCUCUCGUUCUGUUCUGGUUUGAGUUCAUCAAUAAAGGUUGAAAUGUUCAUAACUCUCGUCCACACUAAUGCUAAUGAUAGCAUUAGUGUCAC